AUGCCACUAUUUGGCUCUUCAUUGGUGGUUUCGAUGAUAGGUCAGUUCAAAGUUUCGUUUAGAACUCGACUUUUUCCCGAGCGUUAUCAUUAGUUGGCGACGUUUCUCGAAAGUUUGAUAAUCUGUUCUUUGUUUCAUUUCUUUUUUUAGUCAGGAAGUCUGUCAAUCCCAUUUUCUCGACUGUCUAUUAAUUCUUUCAAAUGGUUUUGAAGAUUUUUCGCCUUUUUUUUCAAAAAAAAAGUCUGUCAUCUUGUUGAAUCAAGAAACCAAAAUCUUUUUUGAACACGUAUUUUUUUUCUAGCAAGUAUUUUCUCGACUGUCCAUAAAUUGUCGGCGUCAUGAGAUUUUUUUUAAAAAUUGUUUUAAAGAUUUUUCGCGUUUUUUUUUCAAUAAAAUUCUGUUCUUUUUUUAAAUCAAGAAACUAAAAUCUUUUUCUAGCAAGUUUCUCUUUAUUUAAACAUCGAUUAAAGUUCAAAGUUUCUGAGGACCAAAUUGACCGAUUUUUCAACUACACAAAGCCUUAAACAAUAGGUAUUAAAACCUCUAGAUUUGGUUACUGUAAUCUGAGUGAGCCAUGACUUUCGGCCAUUGCGUUUACACGCCCAAGUGAUUCCAACUUUUCAGUAAAUUGACCUUUAGUUUGUGGCUCCGCCCACUUUGUAAUUGUUUUUAUCCGUAUUGCGGGUGUACUUAUACCAAGUAGUCGAGUGGACACAAGGAAAUGUCGACGAGUUGCAGAGAACUGGGAGAAAUGGCUGCGGUUGCCGUUUCGCAGAAGUCGACGAUUCGUCCGCAGAGUCCCGUCGUCGAACUUCCUGGCGUCAGAGGACGGCCUUUCGUAAGAUUUUUUUUCUCGGUUCCUUGGGUCUUGUGUUCAUCUUUCAUUUCAUGUGGAACUUAUUCGGUUCAACUUCUGAUUUGAUCUAGAAUCUUGUUGAAAUUGUGAAAGGGGAUCGAACCUGUAGGGUCGAAUUUUCAAGGUAAACAAGACGGAAGAGUUUUUUUCUUUCGAGGUCGAAAACUGAUACUUUAAAAUAUCAUUUUCAUUAGACCAAUUCAGCUACGAUUAGUAAAGUUUCUUGAGAAUUUGGUUUUCAAAAAAGUAAAGAUUUUUUUUGAGGACAUUAUUUAUCGCUUUUAAAUAAAUUUUUUGUUUAAGAUUCUUCGGACGGCGGUGAUCUUGAGGAAAAGCACCCGAUGGCAGUGGGAGAAGCAAAAAAACGGGUAAAUCGGACGUCGAACUCAAAAAGUUUGUUUUAUUCCAUUUAAUUGUGAAAUGAAUUUUAAGAAAUGUAAGUCUUGUUUUUUUUUUGGCUACUCUCCCUCUCUGACCAGGGAACUUUCUCUUCACUCUUUCCCUCGUCACAAAAGAUACUUGUGAAAAGAGAUUAACAAAAUCGAAAAGUCUCGAAACGGGUGUUGACCGAAGCCGAAAAUAGUAUGUUCAUGAAGGGAAAAGAGCCUGUUCCGCCAAGUCGCACUAACGCGAUAACGGAUCCCAUAAAGUUGAUCGAAUUCAUUAGUGUGGGCUAUUAGGGUCAAGUGCAAAUUUUUUGUUUUGGAGAGGAAAAACAAACUAAAGGGCUUCAGGUAUUUGUCAUCAACUGGCUCUAAUACGGCCGAAAUACUCGAGAACGAGAAAAAGCAGGUCGACGCCGUCACAGAAAUCGUCGCUCGUCUCCAGUUCGUUUUCCUUUUGAAUUGAGCAGCAGCCUCAGAAGCUCUAUUUUACUCUGUUUGAAAGCAAUUUCAAGUCCUUGGCGUUGAAUUUGGUAUGUAUGACGUGUGAAGCAGUGCGUUAGUUUAGAAUCAGGGUUGCACGAGAAGUGACUUUUUGAAACAAAGAAGAGAUAUAGAAAAAGAAACCCAUUUGUGAGUACAAAAAACUUAGGUGAACAAGUCAAAGUUUUUCGUAACAUUAUUGAGCAGAUAGGAAAGAAACAUGAAACGAGAUAAAAUUUCGAAAUUCAACGAAAAUAAUAAAAAAGUUUCCAAAAAAAUCGAAACUUCAAAUUUCAGAUCUGUUUUUGAUAAAAAAACCGUUUUUCGAGUGUUUUCGGCCACAUUUAUGCCAUUUUAACCGUCAAAUUCCGAUUUACUUUGCUCUUGGUGCAUCGGGACUAUCACAUAUUACGCCAGACAUUGGUUCUUUUCCACCUACUAUGUAUUGUUUCUAUCUCGGAAUUUAUCGAAAUUUUUGAGACAAGAAGAAAGUUGGUCUCGAAAAAUAGAGACAAAAUCGAGAAGUACGAAUUUCGUUUCUAGACGAGAACGAGACAAGUCUCGUGCAACCUUGUUCAGAAUUGUCUCAAUCUGAAAAUUGAUUAUUUUCCUAUUCGAACAAGAAUCUUGAUUUGAAAACUGAAAAAAAGUCGGAAAAGAUUUGGUUCAGUAAAAAAUGCAGCAGUGCCCUUUUUUUUAUCAUCCAAUCGUAUAAAACAGAGUACAUUCUGUAGAAUUUCGUACCUUUUCAAGUUUUCACCUUUUUAUUUCUCCAGCGAAGAGAACAUUACCACAAAGGUCGUGAUGCAAAACGAGCUGAGCGACGCCUUGCCAGCGGAUAUCAUCAUUUCUGCAGGUAAUAUAACUGGAAGGUUUUGCGAACAAGUUCCGUUCCCAGGAGGCGACGGAACUUUUUUGGCAGCGGCGAGUGCCGUCAAAGACGACACUCCGGUCAUUGGCGUCAACACGGAUCCAGUCGGGUGCGAAAUCUUUUCAUUUCAUGUUUCAAACAACGGCUGAAGCUCUCAAUUUCUUCACAACUAUCUCGAGUGUUUUCAGGUCGGAAGGUCAUUUAUGCGUUGGUGGGAAGAACCCGCCUCGGGAUCUUAUUAGCCAACUCGUCGAUGGAAAACUGAAGUUUGUUUCAUUUUCUGUUUCAGGUAAUUUUGUAAAACUAUUCAAAAACAGUUUAAUAAAAGUUACGAAAAAAGGUUCUGACUGAACAAAGUAUAAAUCUAUAUUUGACUGAACAAAGUAUAAAUCUAUAUUUUAAAAAGGUUGAGGUUAUCGAGGGAUUUCAAUUGGAACAUUUUUAAUUGAAUUUUCGUACUUUCUCUGCUAAACCGACAACCUCUGUUUUUAUUUUCAGAUGGAUUCGUCGGAGCCGAAUUCGAGUGACCGUUAAAGACCCGAAGAACCGCUUCUUCCAUUCAAAGAAAACCACCACUAAUCUGGCUCUGAACGAAGUUUUCGUCGGCGAAAACGAAGCCGCCAAAGUGUCGACCUACAAUAUCUCGAUCGAUGAUCAGAACAUGGUUAAGCAGAAGAGCAGCGGACUCAUUGUGACCACGGGAACUGGAAGCACCAGCUGGUGAGCUGCGCGAGUCCAAAAUGGUCCUACUCAUGUUGCCCAGGUAUCUCGGCAUGAACAGAGUCGAAGAAGCGACGGUGACGUCAUUGAUCGAGGUGCUCCAAGGGAUGGGAAUGGAGGUCCCCAACAGCCGAUCUAUCGUGAGCGAGGUCGUCAAUCGGUACAAUGGCAAAAUUCCUUUCGAACCCGACCAUCCGAGUGAGUUUCGCGCCAAAAACGUCUUUUCUGUUAGCGGAACUUGACAUUUUUUUAAACUGGCAUGCCCAAGUUUUGGAAAACCGAAUUUUAAUACUGAUAAUGUUAGAAUCCGUGACGAUUUCCACAGAAAAUUUGAGAUUUUCAGCUAUUUUACAUAUUUUUUUAAAUUUGUAUUUCAAUCGAAGUUUGGGAAAAUUGAGGUAAAAUGUAUUCAAUUAACGAGUUUUUAUACAGGAUUACCUGGGUUGGAGGAACCGUGUCUUUUUUCAGACUUUGCGUUUUCGAUCCGGGAGCCAAUUUUCAACGCCACGUUCAACCGGACGGCGACACGCGGCUACGCUCGCAAGAUCCGACUCGAGUCGCGUUGCUCCGACGGCUUCCUCGUCCUCGACGGCGCCACCAAGAUUCCUUUUCCACGCGGCGCCACGGCCACUCUGGAAAUCAGCGCCGGCGACUCUCUUCUCACCAUCACUUGA